CCAUCCAUCCAUCCAUCCUUCCUUCCUUCAGUGAGCAGACCACUAGGGCGAUCAAUCGGUCGAUUAGACGCCCGUCAUGACUGCUGCUGCUAUCGCUGGUGGUGCUGUCGGUGUUGGUGCUGUUGGCGCCUCUGCCCGCCCCGCCCCCCCAUACCCCUCUUGCCCAGCUGCCGGCGCAUCACAGAUUUGCUCUUGCUGCUCUUGUUCCCCCCCUCCCCCUCCCCCUUUCCCUCUGCCCUCCUGCUGCUAGCGCCGGCGCCUCCUUUCUUGCUGCCGUCCGCUGCUGUCGCUGCCACUGCUGUGUUCGCGCCGUUUGGCUUCUUCAGCUUCUUCAGAGGACUGCCGCUCCUGCUGCUGCCGUCGGUGGUUGUGGGUGACAACUCCUCUGCGAGUCCCGCCCUGGUGACAGCGAGCUGCACUGGGAUGCCUUGUGGCCAGGUGAGUGCGAAUCUGUCCCAGAUAGCCUUGAGGACGGGCCGGUCGAAGUCGCUGGUCCACGGCUUGCGUGAGCCGCCGUAGUGCAGAAUGGCGUUACCUCGACGGUACGUCUCCCUGUUCCGCACUUGAGGGGAAGGCUGACCUGCAACGCACACAGAGGAGCAUCGCGUGUGUGUUCUUUGCUGGUGUGUGCUGGUACGGUGUGUGAGAUGUACCUAGGAAGGCGUUGAAGCGUUCGGGCAGUUCUCCGUAAGUGCCGUUGGUGAACAGGUUGAUGGCGAUUUGGUCGUUCACGCCGUAUUUCUCGACCCACACCAUGACGGUCUUCUCGAACUCGAGCUGCCGCAUGAUGGGCAGGUCCAGCAGCAUCACGCCCGCGUUGAACGACUUGCCGCCCUGGUACUUGAUCGCAUCCGACAAAUGGUCGUGCUUCAACCUACACACACCAUACACAGGGACAGACAUGGUGGCUGCCUGGCUGGCUGGCUGGCUGGCUGUGUCCUUCCCCUGGUCUCCCCUCUCGGCUUCUCACCAGCUGUUGAUGAGUCCGCUUUCAAGUGAGGUCCUCCCCCAGAUGCCCUUGGUCUCCUCCGCCCGCCUCUCGUCAUCGGGAAUAGUCGAGGGCAGCUCCCACAUGGGCCGCAACGGCCCCACCACGAGCGCAUCGAGGUCGAGGUAGAUGGCCCGCCGCAGCUCGGGGAAGAGCGACGGGAUGGACAGCCGGCACAUGGUGGCCACAGACACGUGUGCCAGUGUCUGCGUGUACUUCAUCUGUGUGCCCCAGUCGACAAUGUCGAGACGGAAUGUGUGUGGGGGCAGUGGUCGGGGCAGCCGGGUGUCGGCGAUACGCUGGAGGGUGUCCAGGGUGUCUUGUGGGAUGCGGUCGGAGAUGAGGUGGACCGUUAUGGACUCGUUCAGGUUGCUCAAAAUCAGCCCGUUCAGCAGAGUCGGGAUAUGCUCCACCAAACCCUGCAAACACACACACACACACACACACAGACAUAGAGAUCGAGAGAAUUGCUCUCGUGUUGAUUGACUGUCCCUCCCUCCCUCCCUAAAUUCGUUCUUGUGUUCCGUUCGUUCGUACCUCAUCAGAGGCGAUGAUGAUGUGUAGGGGGUCCUGGUCCUCCUGGCUGGCAGGCGGCGUGAGGUGCCCCCCCAUCAUGAAAGAGAACGACGGCACCAUCCGGCCCGCGACAACCUCCUCGAUGUCAGGCACAGCCGAGGUCGGCUUCUCACCAUCACCCUCGGCCCCCACACACCGACACUCCUCCUUGCCAUUGCCAUCACUGCUGCUGCUGCUGCUGCUGAUGGCCAUGGACGCCAUGGACGCCUCCCUUGCCGCAUCAUGUCGCUCCUCGCCAGUGCUGAUGGCCCCCCACACGAGAAGGGAGCUCUGUGGCAGGACGGCCUUGGUGCUGGUGUUGCCGUCGACAGCAGUCGGUUCAAGUGCCUCUUUGGGGAUUCUGCAGAAGCUGCUGACGAAGUCGAUGUGUCUGAAGAUGGCGGGGUUGACUUGGGUCCAUAGGAAGGAGUUGAAGUAGGCAAAGACGAGCAGGAAGCAUGCGAAGAAGGCCAGGUAGCAUGACGUACUGAACCCCCCACUGUUGGGCGUCUGCAACACCCCGCUGUUGGAACGACUCGUGCUCAUUCUCCACACUCACAGUCAGUCAGGCACUCUGCUGCUCGAAUGGGCAAGGAGGGGGCGGGGCGGGGCAGGGGAAGGAGGCCUGGGUGAGUGGGGCGGGGCUGGGCUGACGAAUCGACGAGACGACGGUAAUGAGGACAACAGAAUCACCUAUGGUACGUGAUGCAGCUCCAGAGAUAUGUGGGGAACUUCGCCGUCCUCACCAAAACGCUGGCCCGAAAGUGUCCGGGGUGUCCGUUCAGACGAGAGAG